UAGAUCAUAGUGCUCCCGGUCUUCGGGGUCACAUCGACUGACUUGUGAGGCACGCACGAAAGUGCACCAACAUCCAGAUCUUCAUGUGUUCCAGUGAUGGUGAAUCAUGUGACAGGGUCAGUGCAUGAGCAGUGGCAGGUAAGAGCAUUUCAUAAUGCGCAGCAGCUACGACUCUUUGCGCCUCACCACUUUCAGAACGUCGGAGGUGAACAGGCAGACGCUGCAUUCAUCUCGCAGACUCCCUUGCGCAGUCGUACUGAAAUAUCACUUUUCAAUCGACUGCCGUCAAUGUAUGCAUCCUCGACAUAGAAGCGAAAGGCCACUGUUUUGCGACGAGCGCUGUGGUCCAUCUGAGUAAAGCAAAAUUUGACCCGACCAAGCAGCAACACCCAUCACACUCCUUCAGCAUGUCUUCCAAUUCGCGUCAGAUGAUUCACAACCGCGACAAGGAGCAUUCCAAAGCGAUGCACGGUAAAUCAAGCGGUGCAGCACGUACAGGAUUCGGUGCCAUGAUGGCCAAGGACAAGACGGCCGCUGAGCUUGAAGCGGAAAAGUACUUCAAGUUCUUUGAACGCAAGUCUGGCGAUACAGCCGACGACAAUAUGAACUCGCGGAUCGAAGACUACACAGGCUUGACCAACGCCUACUACAACUUGGCUACAGACUUGUAUGAGUAUGGCUGGGGACAGAGUUUCCAUUUCGCUCGUUACUACCGUGGUGAACCCUUUUAUCAGGCCAUUGCCAGGCAUGAACACUAUCUGGCGCACAAGAUGAGUAUCCCUAAAAGUGCAAAAGUCCUGGAUGUUGGAUGCGGUGUGGGUGGACCAGCGCUUGAGAUUGCUCAAUUCACAGGUGCGCACAUCACGGGCCUCAACAACAAUGACUAUCAAAUCUCACGCGCUGAAGCAUUUGCUGCGCGUCGUGGAUUGUCUGCACAGUUGAACUUCACGAAGGGUGAUUUCAUGCAGAUGCCAUUUGAGGAUGAGCAAUUUGAUUGCGUGUAUGCGAUUGAAGCGACGGUGCAUGCACCAAAGCUCGAAGGUGUCUAUGGAGAGAUUUACCGAGUCUUGAAGCCAGGCGGUACCUUCGGUGUGUAUGAGUGGCUCAUGACGGAUGCAUACGAUGCCAGCAACAAGCAACACCGAGAAAUUGCUUAUGGCAUUGAAGUUGGCAAUGGUAUUCCUCAAAUGGUCAAGAUUGAAGAAUGUCUGCGUGCUUUGAAGGCCGUUGGGUUUGAAGUGACCUUCAACGAGGAUCUUGCUGCAGAUGAUGGCUUUGUUCCUUGGUACUACCCAAUCGAGGGCAAGCUGUCUAACGUGCAGAGCCCAUGGGACUUGUUUACGUGCUUCAGGAUGACGGCCGCUGGUCGGUUCUUGACACAGACGGCUGUUGGUGUUAUGGAGAAGGUGGGUUUGGCACCGAAGGGCACUCAGGCAAUUGGUCACACCCUUGAGGUCGCUGCAGAUGCACUUGUGGAAGGUGGCAAGCUCGGCUUGUUCACGCCCAUGUAUCUGGCAGUCGCAACAAAGCCGGCCAAGAAGAACUAGAUCUGUCUUGACUUGCGAUAUUUGUGGAUGUAGAGAAGGUUUCCUUGUUUGA